GCUGCUGGAUGGGAUCUCAUCGCAAGGAGGAAGCAACUCCAUCAAAGCACAGGAAACUUCUCGAUCGCCUUGGUGGGAGAUAACAGCAGCAUGGAUUUGAAAUUCCACUUGAUUGAAAAUAUUACAAACGAUUUUUCAGAGGAUCAGAAAGUUGGUAGUGGUGGGUAUGGAGAUGUAUACAAGGCGGUGUAUAAAGGGGAAGAGAUUGCUGUCAAGAAGCUUCAUGCCUUGCAAGGACUUGAUGAUAAGCAAUUUCACAAUGAAUUCCUUAACCUUACCAAGGUCUCUCACGAAAAUGUUGUAAGGUUAAUUGGUUACUGCUACGAAUCGCGACAUAAAUAUGUUAAGCACAAUGGCGAAACUGUUUGGGCCAAAUCAAUGGAGCGAGUUCUCUGCUUCGAAUAUAUGCAGGGCGGAAGCCUCGAAAAACAUAUUUCUGAUGAAUCUUGUGGCCUUGACUGGCCCACAUGUUACAAUAUUAUUAGAGGGACUUGCGAGGGCUUAAAUCACCUUCACUGUGCUACAGAAAACCCCAUUUUUCAUUUGGACUUGAAACCUGCUAAUAUUUUGCUGGAUAAGACCAUGACACCAAAAAUUGCAGAUCUUGGAUUGUCAAGAGUUUUUUCUUCGUCAAAAACACAUAAAACAGAGAUGCUUAAUGGAACACAUGGGUACAUGCCUCCGGAAUACUUAGAGGGUGGCUCUAUAUCAAAUAAGUUCGACGUAUACAGUUUGGGGGUCAUAAUUAUAAAAAUGAUUGCCGGAAAUACGGGCCAUUUUCGAUGUUCUCAAAUGUCUGCCGAACAGUUUGUCGAGCUCGUAAGUGAAAACUGGAAGAAAAGGUUGCAGGCUAUGCCGGGCCUAUAUUCAUCCCACGAAAUAGACAUUCAGCGAGUGAAUAAAUGUGCUGAGAUUGCAAUAAGUUGUGUGGACAAGGAUCGAGAGAAAAGGCCUUUCAUUAAGGACAUUGUCCAUGAACUGCAGAAACUAGAAGCUGAGAUUAAGAAAUUGUCACAGAUUUCUGAUCUCCCAGAAGACCGAACUGGCCAAAGAAGCUGUGACACCAACGUUCUCUCGGUGGAUCCGACACUGGAGCUGCGUUUCGUCUUCGAACAGAGGAAGGAAGCAUCAUGCUGUCUGCAGCUAACUAACAUGACGGAUGGCUUCAUCGCGUUCAAUGUAAAGAUCAACCCGGAUAAGUACCGCAUACAGCAAAGCAGGGGGACCAUGCCACCUUGCUCUAAGCGUUACAUCGUCGUGACGAUGAAAGCGCAGGCGAAUGCACCGCCCAACAUGCGGUGCCAGGACAUGCUCUUCGUGCAGAGCACAGGACUCACCCAAGAACAGGCCUUGGGGCUUAACGGGAAUGAUUAUCAAGACUUGUUUGAGACGGCCAUGGCAGAGAGGGUGGUGGAUGUGGUGAAACUACCCAUCGUUCAUGUUACGCUGGACUAGUAGUCUCCUCCAUAAGAACCGGAAACAUUGGUGUCUUAUGUUCUUCAAUAAUCCCUCCGUUU